AUGGCCGCUCCGGUGGAUGCGAAGCUUCUUCGGAAGACCAAGUUUCCUCCUGAGUUUAGCCGCAAGGUUGAUAUGCAAAAAGUCAACAUUGAGGUGAUGAAGAAAUGGAUCGCAGGCCGGAUUUCUGAGAUUCUAGGCAAUGAAGAUGAUGUGGUCAUCGAGCUUUGCUUCGGCCUAAUUGAAGGCACCCGCUACCCUGAUAUCAAGGCAAUUCAAAUCCAACUUACAGGAUUCCUUGACAAAGAUACCCCCAAGUUCUGCAAGGAUCUUUGGCUACUGUGCCUGAGCGGCCAAGAGAACCCCCAGGGUGUACCAAAGGAGCUUCUUGAAGCGAAGAAGCUGGAGCUCAUUCAAGAAAAGGCUGAAGCCGAAAGGGCCGCCGAAUCCGCUCGACGACAGCGCGAGCAAGAUAUGGCCCGGGAGCGCGAACUGGGUGAUAUCAGGAACAGAGAACGUGGAGCCCGUGGAGAUCGCGAACGAGGACAGAGGGGCCCUGGUCGCAACCGUGCUUUCGAUAGCAAUUUCGAACGCCGACGAUCGCGAUCCCCUCCCCGUCGCAACAGAAGCCGGGACCGAUACCGUGAACCCCCACCUCGCCGUAAUUUUGAUUCUUACGUCCCGUCUAGCUCGAACCAAGGCCGCCACUCUCGCUCCCCUUCUCGAUCUCGUUCCCCCCAUUCCCCUCCUCGCUCGUCCAUUCGGGAACCGCGUCAUGCUGGUCGUGCCCGGUCUCCAGGCCGCCGCCGAACCUACAGCCGAUCCAUCUCCCCCAACUCGCGCAAACGCGAAGGAACUAGGCGCAGCCCAGACUACGGUGAUCGACACAGAUCCAUUGACCAGAAUAAUUCACGCUCACCAAUUCCCAGAGAUGAACCAGGACACCGCUCGUUCUCCCGCAGCGUGAGCCCAUCCUCUCGGCACCAAGACCGGAAGAACUCUGGCUCGAACGAUCUCCCUCGCUAUCGCCCACGUUCUCGUUCUCGUGAGAGAGGUAGAGGACGAUAUGAACCCGAUACUUCCCGAUUCAACGAUGAACAGACUCGUGGCCGUGGAUAUGGACGACGCCGCAGCCGCAGCCGCAGCCGCAGCCCUCGCAGAGAGCAUGAACGGCGCCGCUCUUUGGAGCGAUACAAUCCAGCUGCUCACAGAAAACGUGACCCAUCUGUAUCUACAUCUGACAAAAAACAACCAAAGAAUGCUGAUCAGCCGGAAGAUCCACCCACUCCCAACCCAAUCGAGAUGAAACCCAAGGCGGAGGAUCAGGAGAUGAAGGAUGCUGAGUGA